CAGUAUCAGUGAAAACAGAAAGGGAGGAAAACUGCGUUCCUGCCCUUGCAGGGAGGUUCACAGCGACAGCGACCAGCGGCCGUUCGUCUGAAGGGGGGACGAAAAGCUGGGGAGCAUCCGACAAGGCGACGCAGCAGAGGCAGGGCGGGGCUGGUGCCGCAGGACCCUUGGCGCGAUCCCAGCGCACCGCGGCAAAGGAACGAGCUCGGAGCAGGGCCUGGGAAGGGCUGGGGGCUGACGGGGGAGCGCGGUGUCUCCUCGGUGCGAAGACGUUGAAGUCCCUGCUUUGCUCAAGCCGGCAAGCCGAAGGUUGAGGGGGAUGUGGUUGCUCUCUAUAAAAACAUCAGGAGGUAAAAGCCAUCGAAGGAGAAGAGAUAUUUAAGCUAAAGGACAGCAUCGGUGCAGGAAACAGUGGGCAUCAAUUGGCAGUGAAUAAAUUUAGGCUGGAAAUUAGCAGCUCUCUCAUCAUCCGAGGAAUGAGCCUCUGUAGCAGAUAAAGCAGCAGAGGCCAAAGCUUAGGGAUGUUCCCGACAGCCCAGUUCAUGGAGGGGCUCCGCGACGCGGCUGCCGCAGCGGGUCGGCACAGCGACCCGGGGUCCCGCGUGCCGGAGGCUCCCGCUCGGCGGUGCCUGGUAGCGACGGGGCAAACCCGGCGCCGGGAGCGGUGCCGCCCGGGCUCCGCUGCUCGCUAUAGCUGAGGACAGAUUGCCCCCUGCUGCAGAGAAAUCCCGAAGAGCUGCGAGAAACGAGGCGCUUCCUUCUGCUAACAGCGAGUUGCGGCCAGCGCGGCGUGCCCGCUGGUUCCUCCCGCUCCCCACCACGCGCCGUGGUGAUGCCGCUGUCUUCCCACCGCCGAGUCUCGCAGCUGGUGGGUGAUUCCUGCCCUGCUUUCUGCCCAUGCGUCCACGAGCUGUCCAAAAGCUGGUGAGAUUUUAUUCUCAGCAUAUUAACUUUUUCUUAGUUCAGCAGCAAGUAGCUUCACACAUGUCUUCGGGCAGGGCCUUUCCCUCUUGCUUUUAUUCCCAGCCCCUCCAGCUCCUUUAAAUCCAUCAGAUCUGCGGCUGCUCACAUCACCUCCCCGACCUGCCGGCCUGAAUCUCUCCGCUUGCUGCUCCCGCACUGAAGCAGGUUCAACGCUUGCGCCCUUGCUUUGAGGUUCCGCCUGGCUUCUCUGCUCCCUUGGGACCCGACCUGGCCGCGUGCCCCGACCCUCCAGCCCUUCUCCGGGGCGGGACAGGACCGAGCUUUGGGAAGUUCCGCGGCUAAAGCAACAACGCUGCUCCCUAUCCCCCUUCGCCGCCUGCGAUUUCCCCCGUGCCUUCACGAGGAGGAGCGCGGCCAUGCUGGAUUUAGGGAAACGAAGCCCAGCAAAACGCAGCAAAACCCGCAGGUGGAAACGCUGGGAAGUCUGCAGUGAAACGUUGUGCCGUGAUGAUGUAGUUUAGGAAACGCAAUGAUUUCACUGUUGCAUGCAAAAUUGUUGCUGCUGUAUUUCAAGUCAGGCUUGCAGUAGCUUUGGGGGAGAAACCGGCGCUGAGGCUUGCGGACGGAGCGGGGCUGCCGGCGGCCAGGGCUGCGGCUGCCCGCAGCGAGCCGUGAUGCUCCUCGGCGGGAGCGAAACCUGCCUGGUUUGGGGAAAGGCUUCGUAAAACACUGCCCGGAAAGUCCCUCUGCUUGGGAUAUUUAACGUAGAACGGUUGGCCCGAGCUGUGUAGAACAGCUGAGAAAUACAAGAAGGCUGUUUAAAACUCUUUUCUUUACAAGACUGAUCUGUACAGGAACACGAGCACGUCUGAGCGAGGAUGACGUGGGUCAAAUACGGAUUAUUGCUGUGCCUGGGAAGAAGCAGCAGUGCUGAGGGCUGAUUCACACCGUGCACGUGAGGGAAAGGGGCAGAUCAGACUUUUCAGUCAAAUACAGUAAGAACCAAGCUUUAUUAAUACAAAUUAAAGUUGCUUUCAUAUAAUGUGAGCCUUUCCUAUUUGAGAUAGGCUGGCAUGAAAACGAACAUCCUAACAGUGUUUCGGCAAUGAAAAAACCCCCUCCAGGGCUGUACGCGUUUAUCCAUGCAUGUGUGCACGGUGCUCUGUCGGCAGAAUAUGCAUCUUUUAAAUAUAUUUAUGACGAGGCUCCCAGCAGCCCGAGGAACCUGCAAGAGCAGCGUCUGCCACAGCAGGAAUCGUUUUCACUGCAUAAAGAGGGCUGCGUCGCUUGCAAGGCCUGUACGGAGCAAGGUUUUCUUCCAGCACCGAGUGAACGCUCAGCGUUUCACUGACGCGCACACCUCUGAGCUGUCUGCCUCCUGCUUUGUGAACGAAUCACUUUAAUAAACUUAAUACGGGAAACUAUGGAGAAUAUUUAGCUUCCAAAGCUCUAUUUUUAAAUUAUGAGCUCUAGGCUGGGCAGGAGGUAGGCAGAAAGCUUAGCUUAAGCCCCACGUGAGGAACCUGCAUUUAAUUGUGGAAGCAGUUUACUGAAAUAUGGAAACUCAAAAGCAGAAAGAUUGUAGCUGUUGCUGUGUGUGCUUGAUAUAAAUGGUAUUACGAGGUCCUUAGGAGGCAGAGAGCAGUUACUCCGCUGAUGCAUUUGGUGCUAAAUAUACUUUUCAUAAAUAUCCUCUCCAUUGCUUUCUGUCUGAGAGGAGGGAACAAAAACCCCAAGGUAUACGUACAGCCGGGCACGGGAAGAGCAAACAUCUCCUUUAACAGAACAAGAAAGUACCUGUCAGCAAGGCAUCGGCUGCUGGUGACUGGCAGAGCCCUUAAAACACCGUCUCCUCGCAGGGAGGUGAAGGGCUUGGGCCACGGCUAACCGCAGCGCGGGCCCAGGGCAGCGGGAGGGCGGAGGACGUCGACGUGCUUGGCUCGGGCACCGGUCGGGGUUGUCCACCAGAAACCAGUGUCUUGCGGGGCUGCCGCACCACGCGCCGACGUGCAGAUGUGCGCGGCACUGAAGGCUGCUCUUUUCCAGGGAAAAUCUGCGUUCCUGGGGCUUUACCCCCUUCUGCUUUGCACGUGGCCUCCUGUAAAAACCAAAAUGGCCAAAUCGGAGCAGCUGUAUUUUCCCCCUCCUCGUACCUGUGUGCGGGGCUGCAGAAGAGCAGCGGCCUGGGCCUCCUGUGCCUCUCGGGAGGUGACUGCCGUUUAGAAAGAGAAAAGCAAAAGCAGAAUGGUCAAAGGGCCCUGAAAGCCAGCAGGAAUUACAAAUAGGGAGUGGAAGCUAAGGAGAGAAAAAUCUUAAUUAGAUCUCCACCAACCUGUAGAGAAACACGUUUGGAUUAAAAUGAAAUGGAGCUUUGUACUCGCAGGGCUUCAGAGCAAGAAUGGGAGAGGAAUUAUUCACAUUUGCUAUUUGUGAAGCUGGAUUGCUUUUUCUCUGAACUUGUCUUUUUAACUUUUCACCCUGUCAGAAAACUGUGAAAAGCUGCCGGGAUGGUGUAUUGGGCUGGUUCUUAUCACAGUGUAUAGCAGAAGCAUUUCCACGGCUUCAGAGGAUGGGCAGAGUUUCCUAAUUUAAUCCUAUCCUCCGAAUUUAACUCCUUUUCUCAUCUUGUAAGCCAACCUCGCCACCAUUCAGCAAAGUCCAGUAAAACUUGCCUUAUAUUCCACCACCAUAACUAUUUUCUCUUUGUGAAUAUCUAUCAAUAUUUAAUACAGUGGUGUCAGCUUUGCUGUAAGAUGAGAGCAACUACUAGAAACCUUGAAUUAUGCAUUGCACGGCUGGGGAAGCUGGGCAGAGUUUUCUUUUGGACCCAAAUCUCUCCUUGCUGAGCCGGUUUCCAGGAGCUGCGGCUUGAAAUCAAAGAAAUGGAUGAGCCUCAGAAGAAACUCAACCAAAGGCAUGAGGGAAGACCCCGCAAAGUGAGGUUCAAAAUAUCCUCAGCCUACAGCGGUCGCGUGCUGAAACAGGUCUAUGAAGACGGCCAGGAGCUCGAGCCGCCUGCGAAGGAACGCGCUCGGCGCUUCGUCCGCCACAGCUUCGAGCCGGAGGGCCGUUUCCGCGGGGCUGGGGAGACGCCAGAACACGGGUUUCAUUCACCAGCCAAGCUGACUGCCCAGAGGAUCAGUAUAUUCAAAGAGGAUAAGAAAUACAGUCUCACGAGUAACUCUCCUCUCUUCACUGACUGCCAGUCAAGUGAAAGCCUUUGCAGGACCUCCCCAAUUCUAGAUUUUGGCAAGAUCAUCAUCUACACUAAUAACCUGAAAAUCAUCCGGGCGCCGAUGGACCAGAAAGAGCUCGUGAGGAGAAUCAUCCAGACUGAGGGAAUGAAUGACUGGGCCUUCAAAUACCGGGAAAGGAAAGAAAGAUUGAGUGAUGGACACAGAAAAGAGGUGGAGAAAAAGGUUGCCUGCAGCCAGUACGUGCAGAAAGGAGAUGCUGAGCGCGGCUGUUCCCGGUGUAAAGGCUCGGGCUCCGCUCCCUGCUCGCUGUGCCACGGAAGCAAGUUUUCCAUGCUGGCCAACAGGUUUAGAGAGUCCUACAGGGCCCUCCGAUGUCCCGCUUGCAACGAAAGCGGCCGGCAGCCCUGCCCGCUCUGCGCGGCCUGAUCGCAGCCACCGUCCCGCCAGCCAGCUCCAAGCACCCACCAACGCUGUGCUGAAAACUGAAUUAUUUAGGCUUCAAGCAGCCUAGUUACACCGGCAAGCUUUCGGCCGACGGGACGGGCACGCUCCCACCCAGCCUCUGCUGCUGGCGGCUCCCUUUGGGUGUCGCAUGCGUCGCUGCAACCUUCCGGCUAGCGCAGACCCCGCUUUGCAAACGCGCCGUGUUCAGCCCUGCGCAGGGGAACGCUUCCCCUAAGCUAACCUUAAACUCACACCAUGUUUUGCAGCUAACUCUAUGCUGUAGCGGCACAAGUGCAGCCUGAAGGUUUUGCUGCUUUUGGCCCUGCUGUAACAGACACAACUCCUCCUCGGGAGUCUGGUCUAGGUGGGGACCCCCAAGACUUUCCCAAAAUCGGGAGCUAUAAAAAGAAAAUUUUACAAUAGUUAAUUUUAAUAAAAGUUUUAGCCUUAUUACGAGGAAGUGCUGCACCAAAACCAAAACUGAUUCGAAGCAACGCUGUUUAGCUCUUGGGCUUCCACGUGUUUCCUCCUGAAACUCUUCAGUGGGCAUGGACAGUUUAUUUUUGCAAAAAGUGCACAGAGCUUCGUCGUGCUUGUUUGAAGCUUUGCCGGCUCCAGAGAAACGAGACGCAACUAGGCAAAACUGCUGCCUGAGAGUUUCAUGUUUGCAAUAAAACCAGAUGCAAAUACAUCGUAAAGCCGAGGUUUGCUGGUCUUGGUCAGUUCCG